AUGUCAUCUAACGAAGUUUUAGUUUUGAGAGGUACCUUAGAAGGUCACAACGGAUGGGUCACUUCCUUGGCCACCUCUGCUGGUCAACCAAACUUAUUGUUGUCCGGUUCCCGUGAUAAGACUUUGAUCUCCUGGAAGUUGACUGGUGACGACCAAAAGUUCGGUGUCCCAGUUAGAUCCUUCAAGGGUCACUCUCACAUUGUCCAAGACUGUACCUUGACUCAAGAUGGUGCUUACGCUCUAUCUGCCUCUUGGGAUAAGACUUUGAGACUAUGGGAUGUUGCCACUGGUGAAACCUACCAAAGAUUUGUCGGUCACAAGUCUGAUGUUAUGUCUGUUGCCAUUGAUAGAAAGGCAUCCAUGAUUAUUUCUGGUUCUCGUGAUAAGACUAUCAAGGUCUGGACUAUCAAGGGUCAAUGUUUGGCUACUUUAUUGGGUCAUAAUGACUGGGUUUCCCAAGUUAGAAUUGCUCCAACUGAUCAAAAUGAUGACUCUGUAACCGUUAUCUCAGCUGGUAACGAUAAAAUGGUAAAGGCCUGGAAUUUGAACCAAUUUCAAAUUGAAGCCGACUUUGUCGGUCACAAUGGUAACGUUAAUACUGUUACCGCAUCUCCAGAUGGUACUUUGAUUGCCUCUGCUGGUAAGGAUGGUGAAAUUAUGUUAUGGAACUUGGCUGAAAAGAAGGCUAUGUACACUUUAUCAGCUCAAGACGAAGUCUUCGCCUUGGCUUUCUCUCCAAACAGAUACUGGUUGGCUGCCGCCACUGCUUCUGGUAUCAAGAUCUUCUGUUUGGACCCACAAUCUUUGGUGGACGACUUGAGACCAGAAUUUGCUGGUUACAACAAGUCUGCUGAACCACAUGCCGUGUCUUUGGCUUGGUCUGCUGACGGUCAAACUCUAUUCGCUGGUUACACUGAUAGUGUCAUCAGAGUGUGGCAAGUCAUGACCGCCAACUAA